AAAUCCAUCUACUCUCUCUUUCUCUCUCUCAUACAGAAGAAGCGCACAGCUAGUCAUGGGUUUGAACCGCUGUAUAAUUGCAGUAUAUUUAGAUGGAUUCACGUGCGCUUUGUCAACCCUAAUAUAUAUAUUUCUCUUUUUUCUUUUUUGCCAUAUAUAUUUCCCCUGUUGAUUGCAUAAGCCAAAUCAUAAUAAAAGCCCUUUCUAUUUGAUCGCCUUUUAAAUUGGCUCAGCCUCUUUCACUUCCCACCCAUUCUUCUCUUUUAACUCUCUCUCUCUCUCUCUCUCUCUCGAUAUGGAGUUAGCUCUGAGCUUAGGCGAUACCCCGAAACCCUUUUCGUUUCUCGAGAAACCCCAGAAAAUUCUGAGCAAAGAUUUAGGGUUCUGCAUGGGUACCGGAAAAGUGAGUUCCGACGGCGGCGAGAAGAAUAAGAAAAGCGAUGAAAGGCGGUUCUCCGACGGUCCGACUUCAUCAGAUCCACCGGUUCAGCUGGAUCUUCUGCCCUUCUCUCCGGUUCAGCGAAGCCAGCCCUCUUCAAACAAGCUUCCUUUCCCUUGGCUCAAUGACAAAUUGGGAGGAGGAUCGGAGUCGGCGAGCAGAAAAGGCGACGACGAUCAAGAAGCGGCGGCGCUCUCAUCUCCCAACAGUGCGGUCUCAUCGUUUCAGAUGGAUUUCUCCAUGUUCAGAAGCGCGAGGGGGAAGAGAGAUUUCGAGCAAUUCGCCGGCGAGGCCGAGGCCGAUCGCGGCGCCUCUUCAAGAGGAAGCGACGAUGAAGAAAAUGGAAUGGCCAGGAAGAAACUCAGACUCACCAAAGAUCAGUCCGCCUUUCUGGAAGAGAGCUUCAAAGAGCACAACACCCUCAACCCCAAGCAGAAGCUUGCCCUAGCGAAACAGUUGAAUCUCCGGCCUCGCCAAGUUGAAGUGUGGUUCCAAAACAGAAGAGCAAGGACCAAAUUGAAGCAGACAGAGGUGGAUUGUGAGUAUUUAAAAAGGUGCUGUGAGACACUGACAGAAGAGAAUAGGAGGUUGCAAAAAGAGCUCCAAGAAUUAAGAGCACUUAAGGCGUCUCAGCCAUUUUACAUGCAGCUUCCGGCCACCACCCUCACCAUGUGCCCCUCCUGUGAGCGGGUUGUCACCACCACCGCCGCCGCCUCCACCUCCAACCGUUUUUCACUCGACCCGCCGCCGCCGCAUGCUUGUGCCCAGAACACACCUUCUUGAUCGAUCAUCACUUCUUUGGUAGUUGAAGACUAGCUAGCUAGGGAUAGAUGAUCAUUAAUUCUAAAAACUAAAUUAUUUCCUAGUGUUUUUCUUUUUUUGCUUUUUUGGGCCUUGAAUUUUCUUCUGUAGAUAUACGUGGGGUUUUCUUUCAUUCUAUUAAAUUAAAUAUUUUUCUUGUUUCUAAUCAUGAUUUGUUGAUUUGUAACGCUUGACUAUUAAAGCUUCGAGGAGGUAGCACUCGUAAUUUGACCGAGUGUGGGAAAUGAGCUUUCUCAUUUUAGAACAAAGUUUACUUUUUCUGGUUUAAUAUACUCCCAUCUUUAUUU